AAAAUCCUUUCCAUGCCAAAACAAAAUGGCCGAGGCCGCAACUUCAUCAACAAAUGACACUAUCGUUGGAUCGGACAAAACUGUCAAAGAGAUGGAUGCAGAUUUGAAUGAAAGGCAUACAGGUGCGGCUGAAGCACUUGAAAAAGUAGUAAAAAGUAGAAAAAGAAAAUCAGAAAAGAUGGACACUGAUGAAGAAGUUAAACGGCCUAAUUUUCCUCCGAUAUCUGCCGAUAAAUUGACGAAUGGUCGAAUAGAGUCAAGAAAAGUUCCUAUACCACCAAACCGAUAUGCACCACUAAAAAAUAGCUGGAUGAAGAUAUUUACACCAAUUGUUGAGCAGCUCCAUCUGCAAACCAGAUUCAAUUUGAAAACAAGAAAUGUUGAAAUAAGGACCUGCAAGGAAACUACAGAUCCAGGAGCACUUCAAAGAGCUGCAGAUUUUGUCAAGUCAUAUGCACUUGGAUUUGAAGUUGAGGACGGAUUAGCACUUUUGCGACUGGAUGAUCUUUAUAUUGAAACAUUUGAAGUCAAUGAUGUAAAACCGUUGAAGGGUGACCAUUUAUCUAGAGCUAUUGGAAGAAUUGCAGGGAAAGGAGGAAAAACAAAAUUCACUAUAGAAAAUGUUACAAAAACUCGGAUAGUCUUGGCUGAUUCAAAAAUACACAUUCUUGGUUCAUUUCAAAACAUAAAAAUAGCAAGGACAGCAAUUUGCAAUCUUAUACUUGGCAGUCCACCUUCAAAAGUAUAUGGAAACAUGCGUGCUGUUGCAUCAAGAAGUGCAGAAAGAUUCUAAACUGAAGAACUUAUGCCCUUAUGAUGUUUUGGUUUAUAUUAUAUAUGUCAUAAAAGAUACAA